AUGUGUUUUUUACUCAAAGCGAUUUUAAUUUUAUUACCCUUUGUUAAUGAAGCCUAAAAGUUGAGGCUCCAAGAUUCAAAGCCUUUAAUUAUGGACUGCAAAACAAUAGAUGAAAGUUAAUAGAAUAUGUUAUAUAAUAGGAGAUAAUGGUUUUGUGGGAAGCUAGUAUUUUUAUAAAUACCUUUCUCAAUCAGGAAAUAUGCUCAACUUAAACAAGAUUACUUUUAGCUUUUGGAUGAUGGUUUAUUCAAAGAUGAAACUAAAUGGGAAGCAAAUAUUGUUUGGUUUUGUAGAUGGUUACACAAAUACUCCUGUAAAAUUUAAAUAUAAAAUUAGUAUCUUAAUUUAAUGCUAUAUUACUAAAUAGAAUAAGGAGAUUAUUAUAUGUAUUUAGUGAAUUAAAGAUUUUCUCCUGAAAUUAUCAAAUUGAAAUUAGUUUAGUACAUUAUUUUAUUUAUUUUAGAGAGAAUGAUCUAUAUAUUGGGAAUUGGAAUCAUUUAUUGUUAUCUAUAGACUAGAGCACAAUUAAUACAUUUAUAAAUCUUAAAUUCUUUUCUACUUAUGAUUAUUCAUUGAAUUAGAUACAAGAAACAUUAGUCAAUCAAAAGUAAUGAUUUUGUAUAAUAAUUAGAUUAAAUUAUAAAUUUGGUAUACAUUCUAGAAUAACAAAUGAAUAGUUAUAUAAUACACCAUAUGAUUACAAAGCAUGUGUAAAUAUAGCUAAUUUUGAUUACUUCAAUGGAUGGACAACAAUGGAUUCAGAAAUUUAUCUUGAUUAUGAUUUGGAACUCAAAUAUUUUCUUAAACCUUAUAAAUUAAUUGGUUUGAAUGUGAAUGAUGUUUUUAUGAAUGUGAUAUUGAGAUCAACUACAAACCCAAUAUAAUAUAGUAAUAGUAUUGGAUUAGUUUUGUAUAAAAAUACACAGAUAGUUUAUAAUUUUAUUGAAUAACUAAGUUCGUUUACAAUGAUGUUUUGGAUAAAGCCAUCAAAUAUAGUUUCAACAUUUUAAUUUCUUUCAUUAACUGAUGACGCUUUAUAAUAGACAAGUGUAGGAUUUGGAAUAAAUAAAGAUUAUAAUUUAUUAUUUCAUUAAAAUUAUGAUAAACUUCAAUUAGGUAGUAUAAAUGAUAAUACCUGGGCACAUGUGACAGCUGGUUUUUUAGAAUUAAGUUUAGAUUAAGAUUUUUAGGCAACAAAUUCUAAGAAAUUAUUAAGAGUUUUUAUAGAUAACAUAUAGGUUACAUUGAGAACAAUAACAAAUGUAAUAUAAUAUAGACGAUUAGUAUUUGGACCUGUAUUUAUGGAUGAUAUGGGUUUAGAAAUGAUUGAUAUAUAAGAUAUAAGAAUAUUUAAAGGUUAUAAUAUUUUAGAAGCCAAUGGAGAUUGCCAAUUAUUUGUUGGAGAUUAUUGUGCAUUUUGUUUAGCUAAUACCCAUUACUGCAAAGAAUAAGAUCCAAAUGAUGAUAUUAAUAUCUAUAAAUGUCCAGCUGGAUACAGAGAAUCUGGCGCAAAUUGUAUUCCAGUAACAAUUCCAAAUUGUCUAAGAUAAUCAGGAACAACUUGUUCAAUAUGUGCUAAUAAUUAUUAUGUGAGAAAUGGAUAAUGUUAAAUAAUUAGCACAUAACUAUCACCAUACAGUUGUACAGAUUAGUUUGCAAUAUUUUGCUAAAACACUAAAAUAAAGAUAAUGAGUACUUAUAGUUUGGAUGAUAAAAGUAAAUUGUGUUAAAAUACUUAUAAUUAACACAAUCCAGUAACUUAUCAAUGUGAAUAAAUUAAAUAAUAAAUUUGUCUAUAGGCUCAAUACUUAACAGCAUGUUAUAAUUGUAAUAAUGGUUACUUUUUAACUGAAUUAAAUACAUGUUAAAGAAGCUGUACUGCAAAUAACAGAUUUCAAUUAAAUAAACUAUGCUUAAAAAAGUGUCCAGGAAGAUACUUAUAUGGUUAUAAUUGUUUGAUAGGUAUGAAGAAUCCUACAUACAGUUGUAAUACAGCUUCAAGAUGCAAUAACAAUGAAUUAACUUUAAAUUAUUAUUGUUUAAGAUCAUCAGAAUAAACUGGGUAAGUAGGUAUAUGUGUUCCAGCUGGUUCAACAUAUAAAUUAGUUUAUGAGGAUUGUGAUCCGCUUUGUAAAUAUUGUUUUGGAACAUAACCUAAUUAAUGUUUGGGUUGUUAUGAUAAUAAGUUUUUUAGUCCAUAUUAUACAACUUGUUUAGAUGAUUGUAAUACAUAAUCUAAGUUUAAAUUUAAUAAUAGAGAUUGGAUGGUUUGUGAAUUAGAAUGCCCAACAGGAUAUUUAACUUAAGAUUUUGAUUGUGUAAGGACAUGUAGUAAUGGUUAUGCAAAAUAUAAUUUGAUUUGUUUACCUAUCACUAGUAUUACUGAUAACUAUUUAAGUACUUAGACAAUUCCAAAUUAAUAACCAAUAGCAAUAUUUGUAGAUUGUCCUGAACUAUGUUAGACAUGUACAAGUGAUACUUAUUGUACGACUUGUCUAAAUUAUUAUCCUAUGAAUUAAAAUAAAUGUGUUCCUUCUUGCUAUCCAAAAUAUUUGUAUAUAGAUGAGAAUAAUUUAAAUAUUUGUUUAUCGGCAUGUGAUCCAAGUGAUUUAGUGUAUGAUAACAUUAAUAUUGAUGGAUUUUCUAUUAGAUAAUGCUUCAAAAUUAAAUGUGGUUAAAUUAAAACUAAUAGAGUUUAUUAAACAUAUAUGCAUUAAACAAAUACAUAACUCUGUAUGUAUCCAUGUGAUGCUGGAUAUUAUACUCUAAGUACAACUAUGUAAUGUACUAAAUGUAGUACUAAUUGUGCUACUUGUUAUAAUUCAGCCACUACAUGUACUUCUUGUUAUCCUACUACUUUUCUCUCUGAUAAUGAUUGCUUUAAAACAUGCAAAUCUAAAUUUAGAAACUAUAUUAAUUGGUAAUGCGAAGGUUCAUGCUCUAUUGGAUUUACUAUUGAUGAUUAAAUUUAAAGUAUAUAAGCUUGUGUUAGUAAAUGUGGAUAAGUAUUCGGAAACUUUGUCUAUUCUCUCAAUAAUAGAUGUUAUGAUAUUAAACCUAUUAUUGGUGCAUAUUGCAUAGCUAAUGAUUGUUAUAAUUGUUACUAUAAUUGCAAAACAUGUUCAGGUCCAACCAAUAUUCAAUGUUUAUCUUGUUAUGAAAAAACAUUUUUUUUAUCUAAUUCAUGUGUUAUGGAUUGUGGAAACUUAUUCUAUGAUCUCAUAAAUUGGAAAUGUGUUAAUGUUUGUCCAAACAGUUCAUAUACUACAUCUGGUUAUUAAAUUAUAAAUACUAUUAAUACAUUAAUUACAUCUUGUUCAUCCACUUGCUUAUAUAAUCAAUUUUAAUAUAGAGAUUUAUGUUCAAAUAUUCAACCUAUUGGAACUUAUUGCGUCUCAAAAACUAAUUAUUCAUUAUGUGAUAAUUGUGCUGCUGUUUGUAAAACAUGUUUUGACUCAUAUUCAACUACUUGUACUGAAUGUAAUCCAGGUACUUUUUUAUCUGAUACUACUUGCUCUACAGAAUGUCCUGAAAAUAUUCCAUUUAAAGACACUAUUAAUAAUAUUUGUGUUAUUACUUGUACCAGCUAUGAAGAAGAUGGAUAUUGUGUUGCUGCAUGUUCCCCUAAUUAUUAUAUUUAUGAAGCCUAAAAAUCAUGCUACGAAUUUGGUUGUCCAGAAGGAACCUAUAAUCAAAUAAAUACAUUAAAUUGUUAUUCGUGUGCUGUUGGAUGUGCUACGUGUACUGAUGGCACAUCUAAUUAAUGUAUUACUUGUUUACCUAGUUAUUUUUUAUACGGAGUAUCAACAUGUACAAAUAUUUGCAAUAUAAAUCCUGAUCUACUUUAAGAUUGGGUGAAUGGUAAAUGUGUGAAACAAUGUCCUUCUGGAACUUUCUUACAAUCUUUAGCAAAUGGAUAAUUAGCAUGUAAGGAUACAUGUCCAAUUUAUUAUUACUCAAAUAUUUGUGUAACAACUUGUCCAAAUUAAACAUAUAUUGAUGGAUUAAUUUGUAAUUCAUGUGCUGGUCCUUGUUCUGAAUGUUAUGGUGGAGAAGUAGAUUAAUGUACAAAAUGUGAUUCUGGAUAUUACAUAGCUGAUACUACAUGUGUUGAGGUUUGUCCAUCUACAAAACCUUAUGCUAAUUUAGCAACUUAAGCUUGUGUUACUAGUUGUCCAGAUUAUCUAUAUUUAGCUUAAAAAGUAUGUUUUAGUUUUUGUCCAGGUUUUUUAGCAAAUUAUGAAUUAGAUGGUAAAAAAGAAUGUGUUGAAUAAUGCUAUUCUAAUUCGUAUUUAUCAUCAGGAUAAUGUUAGUUAUGUGAUCCUAUUUGUAAAGAAUGUUAUGGACCUAUAAAUGGAAAUUGUUUAGAAUGUAAAUCUCCUUACUUUUUAUACUAAUAAAAAUGUUAAAUUACUUGUCCAUUUUAUUCUGAUUAUACUGAUAAUACUUGCAAAGAAUCUUGUCCAUCAAACACAGUUAUCUAAGGUAUGAGAUGCCAAACUUAAUGCGAUACAGGAUAUUUAUUAUACAGUUAAUUUUGUGUUUUAUCAUGUCCAACUUUUACUUAUAAAGUAGCAAAUAAUUGUAUUCUUUGUAAUUCUAUUUGCAGAACAUGUUUUGGAUCGUCUGCAAAUGAAUGUUAUACAUGCAUUGAUAAUUAUUUAUUGAAUGGUAAUACAUGUACAUAAACAUGUCCCAUUUUAUAUGAUUACUAAACAAGUAAAUGUUUAAGUACUUGUGGUACAAAAUUAGAAGUUACUGAUACUAAAAGUUGUGUUACUACUUGUCCUAUAGGAUAUUUAAAUUGUAAUCAAAAAUGUUUAAGUGUAUUACCUGAAGGAUACUAUUCAGAUGGAGUACAAUGUUAAAAAUGUAAUACUAAAUGUUCGAAAUGUACAUCACCAACUGUAUGUUAAGCAUGUAAUUAAAAUUUCUAUUUACAUUUAUAAACUUGCAAUAGCUUUUGUACUAAUAAAUAUCUUUACAUGGAUCCAAUAUCCAGAGAAUGUGUGUCCAAAUGUCCAUUUAAUCUUUACCAUUAAGAAUCUUUUGAUAAAAGAUUUUGUGUUACAGAUUGUCCUUAAAAACUUAAUGAUUAAUGUGUUAUUUCAUGUCCAGAUGGAAUGUACUUAAAAGAUACUUUCUGUACAAACUGUCCUUAAAAAUGUCAAUCAUGUACUUCAUCAACAAAUUGUACUUCAUGUAAAAAUGAUUAUUUUUUGGAAAAUGGUUUAUGUUAUUCAAGUUGUAUUGUUGGUAAGACUGACUAUAAAAAUCAUGUUUGUGUUGAAAAUUGCGAUGCAACAUUGUUUGAAUAUUAAAAUGAAUGUUUAGAAAGUUGUCCCACAAAUCCAAUACUUUAUUAUCAUAAAAAUAUUUGUAUGAAUUAAUGUCCUACAAAUACAUUUUAGAACAAUUAAGAAUGUUUAGAUUGUGAUAUAUCAUGUUUAACAUGUAUUGGACCAUCACCUGAUGAUUGUAUAAUUUGCAAAUAGAACUAUUACUUGUAUAAUUAAUAAUGUGUUUUAACAUGUCCAAAUUUAUAUAAUGAAAUAGAUUAAACAUGUGUCAUAUCAUGUCCUCCAAAUCUUCUUUUAGAUUAAAAUAAAUGUGUUUCAAUGUGUAGUUAAUAUAUGUAUUUCAAUACUUGUUUAACAACAUGUCCACCUAAAACAUAUAAUUACAAUUUUAAUUGUUAUGAUUGCUCAUAAAAUUGUCUAGAAUGUAAUUAAUAUGGUUGUUAAAAAUGUGAAAACGGAUCAUUUUUAAAUGAUGGAAUUUGUGGAAGUUUCUGUCCAUAUUUUUAUAAUUUUAUUAUGAAUUAAUGUGAGUAAUAAUGUCCAGAUGAAACUUUUAUUUUUAUUGAUUAAUGUUAUGCUUCUUGUCCAGCUAAUACAUAUAAUUAUUAUAGAGAUUGUCUUUUAGAAUGUCCCAAGAAAACAAUUUUAAUAGGAUCAAUUUGUUAAUAAUGUCCAGAAAGAUGUUUAAUUUGUAAAAAUUAAUAUGAAUGUUUAAAUUGUGAUUCACCUUACUUUUAAUUUGAAGGAUAAUGUGUUGUAGGUUGUCCAAGUGUUUUACCAUUCCAAAAUACAAUAUAAAAUGUUUGUCAAUCUGAAUGUUCACCAGAUACGUUUGAAAAAGAAUAUCAAUGUGUUAAAGAAUGUGAUUUAAUAAUCUAUUAAAACAAAUGUUUAAAACAAUGUCCUUAUGGAUAUUAUGGAAAAGAAAUAUGUAAACCAUGUAAAUUAGAAUGUAAAGCUUGUAAUGAUUUUAAUAUAUGUACUGAAUGCUAAGAUAAUUUUUAUCUUGAGUAGAAUUAAUGUGAUACAUAAUGUACAAAAAUAAAAGAUUUAAAAUAAAAAAAAUGUGUUGAUUCAUGUUCUUUAUUUUUAUAUUAAAAAGUCUGUUAUGAAACUUGUCCAACAAACACUUAUCAAUUUGGAAAUAAAUGUCUUUAAAAGUGUUAAGAUGGAUAUUUUGGUUCUGAGGAUUUUAGAUGUGUAAAAUGUCCAUCUUAAUGUAAUACAUGUUUAAAUCUUGAUUAAUGUAAUAGUUGUAAAAUUGGAUAUUACUUAUAUUAGUAAAAAUGUUUAGAUUAAUGUCCUGAUAAACUAUUUUCAAAUCCUUUAAUAAGUUAAUGUACAACAUCUUGUCCAAUUAAAACUUAUAUAUUUUAAAAUUAAUGUUUAUAUGAAUGUCCCACUGAUUAUUUAAAUGAUACUGAUAAUUAUAAAUGUGUUUUAAAAUGCAAUGAACAGCAAUAUCUUAACAAAAAUAGUUGUUAUUCAUGUUCAAUAGAAUGUAAUAAAUGCACUGAUUUUGGUAAUUAGAAUUGUAUAUAAUGUGCAACUAAUUAUAAUUUAACUGAAGAAGGAUAUUGUUUUGGAAAAUGCAAAGCAGGAUAUUAUUAAACUGAGAAAUCUUGUGAAAAAUGUCUUCAUAAAUGUUUGACAUGUGAAAAUGGUUCUGAAUGUUUGCAAUGUAGAGGAACUAAUAGAAAUCCUAUCGAUUGUUUAUGUCCUAAAGGUUAUUAUGAUGAUUAAUACUAUGAUAAUUGUUAAAAAUGUCCAUGUGAAGAAUGUAUUUCAGAAUCUUAAUGUGUUGUAUGUAAAAAUAAUCUUCAAGUUCCAAAUUGUUCAUGUAAUAGAAGACUUAAUGAUGAUUGGUGUAUUACAUGUCAAAUAGGAUAAGUGAAUAUAUACUAUUCAGAUGAUCUAAACUCAAUUAUAGUAUAUUUUGGAUAUUUAAUAUCCGUUAAUUUGAUUAAUCCUUUUUAACCCUCUAGUUGUUCAUUAUGGUUUGAUUAAGCUGAGAUCUUUGGAGAUAAUGCUUAAUGCUAUUUAUCAUGGGAUAGAUAUUCAGUUAAUAUCUUACUAGAACCUUAUGCUUCUGUUAAUAUUGGAGAUUAAUUGAGUUUCAAAUAAUCUUUCUAUAGAGAUGUUAAUCAAGGUCUUUGUGAUGGAAUAUACAUUGAUACAUUUAUUGAAAAUAUUGUGAAAGGACCAUCUGCCUUAACUAAACCUUAUAUUCUGUUUGAUGUUCCCUCAAUUGUAAGUACAUGUAAAACUAUUUAUAUCAAAUAAAUUUUACUUGAUGGAACAGCAAAGAAAAUUUAAAAUGUUUUAUCUUGGUAUCUACAUGAAAUGGAUAAUGAUGACUAUUAUUUAUAAAUGGAUGCAUUCUUAGCAAAUCAAUUAAAUGAAUUUACUAUUCCUAUUAGUACCUUAUCCCCUAAUGUUACUUAUACUAUAACAGCAAAAUAUAUUAAUUUCCUCUAAAGAGUCAAUUUCACAACAUUCUCAUUUACUACACUACCUUAUCAAGUUCCUUAUGUCUAUCUUUAAUAUAAUCCAUUAAUUGCAAGAGUUUACGUUUUUGAUUGUUAAAUCACGUAUGCUGAUAUGAAAAACGAAUUUAAUUUAGCUAUUCACAUUUUCGAUUCUGACAAUUAAACUUACAUUAAUCUAAUCCAAGAAAUUAAUCCCAUUUAUGAAAUUCCUUUAAAUGAAACUCUUCUACCUAAAGAAACCCCCUUAUUUUUUAUAGCAUCAACUGGUAGUUCUGUCAUUCAUGAAGUUAUUUAUCUUCAAUCCAAAAAAAUUGAUAUAGAAUUUUUAUAAACAAAUAGAUUUAUUGGAUUAGAUAAUUAAAUUAAUGCCAGAGGUUUUGAUAGAAAUAUUUAAAAUGAAAUAUUAAGUACUAUUAAUAUUGAAUAUUAAUGGUAAUGCAAUAAUUUAUUCAAUUUAUAACCAUGUAAAACUGAAGAAAAUAAAAUUAUGCAAUUUCCAUCUAGAAGAAUUGCUGAUAUUUAUGCUGAUAGUUAAAAUACGACUUUUGUAUUCUUUGCUAAAGCAUCUAAAGGUAAUAGAUGGACAGUAAAAGAAUAAUUAAUUGUAGUCACAGAUUUUGAUAUAGAAGAAGAGUUUGUUUUAAAUUAAGAGAAACCUACAAAUUAUAUUAAUGUUAAUGAUGAAAUAACUAUCUUGAUUAGAAAUAAUUAGAAAUACGCUUUUAUUAUGUAAGAAUUUAAAAUUCUGUCAUCUAUUAAAAUUACAAGCAAAACUUUAUAGUUUAGACUAGCAGGAUUAGUUAAUGAUUACUCUAAACCUAUUUAUAUUUAUUUAGUUCCAGGUAAUGAAUCCAUUUCAUUUGGAUUAAACAAACCUCCUUCCAAAAUUUAAUUUAGUAUUGAACCUUUAUAAGGAGAUUCUCUAGAUUACUUUAAUUAUUCAAUUCUAAACUUAGAACCUGAAUAUACUGUUAGCAUUUAUUAUUAUUUUGAAAAAUCUGUUCUUUAAAAUGAUGUUAAUUUGUAAUCUAUAAACAAUGGUUUGCCUUUAGUGACUUAUUCAAAAGAAAUCUCAGGUUCAUUUUAGCUUCCUAAUGGAAUUGUUGAUAAUGCAAUAUCUGUUCUAUGUUAAGUUGAAUCAAAUUAUGGAUCAAAAUCUUAUUUUGAAUUGGACAUUAAAGUGAAAAGAAAGAAUUAUGAAAUAAAUAAAUUAUAUGAGUCUUUUCAAAGUUCAACUAAUUUCUCAAAUUUAUAAAGUAUACAUACAAUGACUAAAUUAAUUUAACUUGAAUAGUAAUAGGUAUGCUUAAAAUAAUGCUCUGGUGUUGGUAUUUGUGUUAAUGAUAAAUGCAAAUGUCCACCUGGAUAUUAUUUUGAAGAUUGUAGUGGAACCAAAGAAUAAUACUAAAAUUUUACAAAUUUAAUUAAAAAUGUAAAGGAAUCUUUAAUAAAAAAUGCUAUUACAAAUAAUGAUGAAUUUCGAUUGUUUAGUUAAUCUUUAUUGUUUGUAUCUACUUUAAAGGAUUAAAAUUAUUCAUAUUCAAUAUCGGAUAGCUAGUAAAUAUUGGAAUAGUAUGUUCUUAAUGUAGAAUAAAGAUUAGAAAAAAUAAACCAAUAUUCAAUUAAUCUUUAAUAUCAAUCAUCUGCUAAUUUAAAUUAUUCUUAGAUUGAUAUUAGAUCACUUGUAAAUAAGAAUGAUUUACAUACAGCCCUAAAAAGUACAGUAUUUAUGUGGGAAAAAACUCUAUUCACAGAAGAUGCUGGAAUAUAUGAAUUAUAAAAUCGUCUAAGUAAUUUCUUAUCGAACACAAUUGAAUUGUCUUUAUUUGCAAUUUAACCUGAUGAAAUUAUUGAUUAUUCUAUUGAUACAGCAUAUCUAAAAAUUUAAAGAAUUAAUAAUAUAUCAGAUUUCAUAGUUAAUAGACUUUUGAUCUAAUCUACAGAAGAUAAAACUAGUUAAUUAGAAUAUUAUGAUUUUGUUAAAGCAAUAUAUAUCCGUAAUUACUUUGCUUUUGAUGGUUAUUAUCCAUAUCCCUAGUAGCUUUAUCCACUUUAUGAUUAUUAAAUACGACAUCAAAAUAGAAAAUAAAAUAUUUAACUAAAGACUUAUAUUUCAUAUAAGUUUGGUAUCUAAAAUGAUACUUUCAAUCUGGUUUGUUUAAUUAGAAAUUCUCUUACAUAUGAAUGGUCAAAUUAAAAUUGUACCUUGAAUUAAGUUAAUUAAACAUAUUUUUGCAAUUGUACUACACUUGCUCCAACUACAAUUUGUAAUGAUUAUGACUUUCUCUAUUAAGGUACUGCUUAAUUUAAUUUGCAGAUUCCUAAUCUAUUAUAUAUUAUUUACUUUUUUUAAUUAAUUAUAUUAGGAAUUUUUAUUUGCAAGGUGAAAUCAUUAAAAAAUUAAAAAUCUCUUGAUCAAACCAAAUUUGGUUAAGUAUUAAAAUUAGCAAGAAAAGAUAAAAUAGCUGUUUUUGGCAAUCAAAUUGUUCCAGUAGAUGAUGAAAAACAAUCAUCUCCUAUAUAAUAAUCAUAACCUCAAUAAAAAGAACAUAAUGUCCUUAAAGACAAAUUUAGUUUUAAUAAUUUUUGGGUACUUAAUUAGAAUUAAUAUUUAGAAACAUCAUUGUCUUACAUCUCUAAUUUACAAGAAUCUAUUUUAUUUUAGUACAUCUCUACGUUCAAUUUUAAUUAUCCUAAGAUGGAACUAAGCAAUCAUUAUUGGAGAAAUUCUUCACAUUUUUGGAUUCUAAUAUAAUGUCUCCAUGUGGAUCAUCUUAUCAUCUAUCAUAUUUAGCAGAAUUUUUGAAUUCUUUUUAAAAGUAAUCUUAUUGUAUUAAUUUAUUUAGACUUAAGCUAAAUACUUUACUUAUAUGAAAUAAUUUGUCAUUCUUUUCAUAAUAAAAAUAUUUCUAUCACUUGUAAUGAUUGCUACAUUUUUAUUUGGAAUAUAUGUUUAUUUUAUGAUUAACAAUCAAACUAAUUUGGUAUUAAAUACAAAUUUAUUAAUAGAUUAUUUCCUACUCUUUCGCAAUCUUAAUGGAUUUAUUGUUUUUAGACAUACUCUUAUUUACCACCAAUAAGUUCUUUGGAUAGGAAAAAAAAAGAUUAGUUAGAAAAAAAAUUAAAGAAUUUUAAUCUAUUGCAAAAGCAUAAAACUUUCAUAAAUUGUGA